AUGGAGGAAGAUAUUCCUAGCUAUUCACAUCCUACAGAAGCUAUCUACGAAGAAUGUGUGGAGACGACGGAAAAUGCUGACGCGGCCAUUCGACUAGAUCCGAGGGACAUCCGGUCAAUCAUAGAUGCUAUAAGGACAGAAACACUUCAACCAGCUACCCCAUCCGCUAAACCUGUCUUCAAGAGAGAAGGGUAUGCUAAACAGUUCGAAUUUAACUCGUCUAUUCUACGUAAGCUGAUUCCGCUACAAUCGUCGACGAGUCAUGAAAUAGCUACAACUAUAACUCAAGUGAUCCAGGAUUUGAACACUAGAAAUGAAACGCUGGUAAUCGCAGACGAGCACCCGGAAGUCUUCCAAUUUUUGGAUCACAAGUCUAAAGGCCGACUCCCUGAAGGCCACGGACCCUCGCCUGAGCGAGUUCAUGGAAUCCAUCAGAAAGAAAGAAGAGGAUUAUGGGAGGCUCUCGAGCCGUCUGUUUUGGUCUCGACCACUAUUAGAUAUGGUUACUCUAUACCAUUUAUGUCCUCGCCUACGAGGCCGAAAUAUGACGGGAAUCGUAAGAGUGCUCUCGAGCAUGCAGAUUUCGUAACUAGCGAAAUUUCAGAUCUUCUGCAAUCUGGUGUGGUUAGAGAAGUACCUGAGCCUUCGAUCGAGAAUUUGCACGUACACCCCCUUUCAGUAGCUAAAGACAUUCGUUAUACUCGGGGAGUAGCCCGGGAAAUCGCCUCUGCUCAGAAUCUUGAGUGGCCUCUUAGACGCAGAUGGGCCAAGACAGACGAAGAAAAAGCAACCCAUGUCCAGGAACUGCCGGAGUCAAUUGCUUUGACCACUGCGAUGCAUGGAAGCACGGAUUCCUUUGCCUCACGAUUCCGAAAAGGAGCGGACUUGGCCCGAGAAGCCUCCGACCUCGGUAUCCCACUCGUCGGGAAAAUCAUCAUGAAAGCUCUUCAAACGGAUCGAGCUCCUAACACGAUUGCCAGUUACAAGGCAGAACUUAGAAAAUUCGUUGCAUGGAAACAGGAUUAUCGAUUUCAUAAUAUUCCUCUUUCUAAGGCCAGAAAUUUGUACUUAGCCAAAGGCGCUUAUGAAGGCAGGAGCAAGACGUUACCUCUGGUCGUAGCAGCUCUUAAUUAUUUCUACGGCCCCCAGAUAGGCGUCGACAGAGACAUCCAGGCCUCGUUACUCGAGGCGGAGAAGAGGUCAGCACCUCCGGUAACCCAUCGCGCCAAGAUUGACCCGCAGUCCUUACGCAAAAUCAUAAACCAGGGUAUUGGGUCACAGGAUCCCAACAUAACACAAGCGGCGUCUCUGGCAUUGCUCCAGUUUAAGGCUUUCCUCAGGAUAGGGGAGGCUAGAUGUCUCAAAGUACAGGACCUCAAGCGCGUCUCUUUUCUUGUUAUCUACUGCUACUACUAUGGAGCGGCGAUCUAA